GGAGACAGAGCGGAGUGCGUAAUGGGCAGCAUUUAGACAUGGGAACCGGCAGCUGCGGCCAGCGUGGACUGGGAGGUGUACCACUCCCGGGAACUGUGGCCAGCUGGACCAACGGAUCGGUCGAAGCCGUCGUGUUCCCAGAUGCGGUGGUGUGGGACGCGUCCCUGGUGCAGCGCGUCGUGCCUCUGUCGGUCAUCAUGUUCUUCACGCUAGCAGGAAACGCCGCCAUAGUUGCCGUGCUGGCUCGACCUCGAGCUGCCAAGCGUGCGUCGCGUGUCAACCUCUUCAUUUUACACCUGGCUAUCGGAGACCUGGCAGUCGGUCUCUUGACGCAGUCGUCCGAAAUGCUCUUCGAGAUCUCAGGCGGUUGGGUGCUGGGAGGCCCCGCUUGUAAGGCGGUGGUGUACGUGCAAAUGGUGACCCUGGCCUCGACCACGUUCAUCUUGGCCUCGAUGAGCUACGAUCGGUACGCCGCCAUCUGCAGGCCUCUUGAGUCACGUUCAGGCCUGCGGCGCGCCAAGGCUAUGGUGGCGGUCUCUUGGGCGAUGGCCUUUCUGCUUGCCCUGCCGCAGCUGUUCAUUUUCGUGCAGGUACAGACUGGUGUGACGACGUCCGGCCGUCCGCAUUACGAGUGCCUCAGUGUCGGAUACACUCGCCAUUGGCAGAGGCAACUUUAUUUCUCUUGGCUCACCAUAUAUAUCCUUGUGGCGCCGGGCAUUCUAAUCUCGGCCUGUUACCUGCGCCUCCUCCGCGUCGUGUGGGCGGCAUCUGGCUCGGAUGGCGCCAACUGUCUCGUCGCCACAAGCACGUCAUCGCAGAGAAGCAAAGAAAGCGACAAAGCCAACGGCAAAUCGUCACCGCCGUUGCUCCGUCGAUGCGCCCAGGGACAUCCCCUCCUGUCCAGGGCACGGGCGAAAACACUUAAGCUCACGGUUUGCAUCAUAGUGAGCUUCAUGCUCUGCUGGAUCCCGUACUUCACGGUGCACAACAUACGCAUCCACAGCCACUACUGCAUCAAGGUGCCGCGGACAGCCAUCAUCUUAGCCGAGACGGCGGCCCUGCUCAACAGUGCCGUGAACCCGGUGUUCUACGGCCUCUUCAACGUGCACAUACGCCGCGGCAUCUGCGACAUCCUGCCCUGCGGCCGCCGUCGUGUUCGGUGGUGCAGCGGCCGCGACUCGACCACAAGUCAUCGCACUGGCCUCCUCACCACAACGUCAUUGGCACCCGAUGCCGGAUCCGUGAACAAUCUCGCGCUGACGACCAAAGGGCGCUGCCACCAAAGUGGUCAGCCCUGUGGCAGCGUCACCGCGAUACCCAUGGUCGCCAUCAACGGGAACUCUGUGGUGGCAUCUGUCGUGUGAUCAACGUGUGCCAAAAUUCGCUCGUCUGACCCACUUAGUUUGGUGGUUAU